UGAGCUUCAAGUCGACUCCAUCAGCUUGCUCGAGCACACGACCAGACUGAGCAGGAAAAUCACGAUACGACGCAAUCAUGGGCGUAUUUAACAAAGUGAUGGGCGCCUUCAUCAAUCUCGGCGUCAUGACCUAUGAUAACGCCUUGGUCGUGCUCAAUCUCCUUAUGCCAAAGCUCAAGGAAGGACAUGUCAUCCCAGAAGGUGCACCAGGCCACAAUCUCACAUCAUUUGGCGAAUUCGUGCCACCAGGACCUGGCGACUCCCGAUCAGCUUGUCCAAUGCUCAACGCCAUGGCGAAUCAUGGAAUCUUGCCACACGACGGCAAGAACAUCAGCUUCAAGGAACUCAAUGCCAAAGUCCGCCAGACCUUCAACUUCGCUCCCAGCUUCUGCUUCUUCGUGCCAAAGUUCUCAGCUGACUUCUUGAACAAAUCCUAUUGGAAUGAUCGUUUCGACCUCGAAGAACUGAGCAAACAUGCCGACAACGCUAUUGAACACGAUGCCAGCCUCACGAGACACGAUUUGGCGCUUCAGCCGGACCAGGGCAAACCAGACUUACAGCUCGUGGAUGAUCUUCUCAAGGAAGCUACCGGCAAGACACCCGAUGGACGCCCACAGCUCACCAAAGCCGAUCUGUCGAGAGCGCUUUCCAAGCGAAGGGCGGAUGCACGGAGGACGAAUAAGGAAUACUCGGAGAGCUUUUUCCAUAACAUGUUUGGAAGCGCAAACUCUUCCACGAUGCUCACAAUCUUUGGCGGACGCGUGGACGACUUGCUGCCGAUGUUGACGGAAGAACGAUUUUCAGAUAAAUGGGAGCCACGAAUUCUGGACAGAUAUGGUUUGACAAUGGGGAAGUUCAACUUUACGGUAUUGCCAGUAGAAAGAGGCGUGGAUGUGAAGCCGUAUCAGAAGACAGAGGCGACUGCGCAGUCGUGAAAGAUACGCAUGGCAGAAGAGGUUGUCGAGAAUGGAUGACUGGAGACUGCAUGAGCCACGGAGCAGAAGGACAGGGCAUGGACAUCGUGACGAUCGUAAUUCAUGCCAUCGUAGCUUUCAUAACCUGUACCAGGCUUCCGAACU